UGUCGGUCACUAGUAGCAAAGUCUCGUCACAACCCCAGACCGAGACAGACAACACAGCACAGAGAUGGGCAAAGACUAUUUUCGAACUGCAAGUCCAUUUUGGACGGGUUUGAUAGGUUUUGGAUUAGUUUUAUUGACAAUGGCCACAUUUGCACCUGAUAAGAUACCCUGGUAUCUUGGUAAGGUGGGAGGACUUGGGCGGUACAUGGGGACAGAAAAGCCUGAGCUGACCUGGUACUUGUUUCUGGCAACCAUUGUCAUUCAUGUAGCAGAAGCUGCCUACGCCUAUAUGUUGUGUUGUCGUUUUGAUUUAACGUCAUCUGCCACAAAGAAAUGGACAUUUCAAACACUUCUUUUUGGAGUGGCGUCUUUAUCCCUUCUGAGGAAAUACAAACCACAAGCCGAGUGAUGCCUUGUUGAUCAUCAAUGAUGAGAGUGGUGAUUUCAGGGGAAGCAUCUCCUAGACCUUACAAAUGAUGAAUGCAUGGCAGUGAAAGAACAUAUUUUUAUUUUAAUAGAUCAGGGUGAAGUAACAAGAUCAUAAUCAUUCAGCUGUGUGGUGAAUUUGAAAGUAUUGUUUUGAAUGAAAUACAGUAUAAUUAUGGUAUAUCUUAAUCUAAUGAUUGUUUGAAUAUCUUUCUACCUUGGAACAAUUCCUUUUCUGAUAGAUCCUAACAAAAAAAUGAUAAAAAAUGGUCAAGAAUGGUAUACAUUGUCAAUUAAAUAUCACAACCGAUUCAAACUUCUUAAUCAAGCACAUGCUGUACAUUUUGAUUUCAAACCUUUGUUGUGCUCAAAAAAGUGGUUUGUUUGAACACUUGUGGAUUGAAUAUAUUUUAUAUAUUUUAUUAAUGUUAUAUCGGUAAGGAAAAGAUGAUAAUAAUGUAGAGUAAAUGUUUUUAUAAUUCCUGGGUGUAUUUUACCAUUUUCUGAAAUACGUAUUCAUGUAUCGGCAAAUUGUAAUGUUGUGGUGUUACCUAUCCUGUAUAGUUUGACAUGACUUGCAGAUGUCAUUCUAUUUGUGCCAAAUUUGUGUACUUCUUACAUUUCCAAGGAAAUUUUCCCAUUUUACCUGAAGUAUGUUAUGAAGUUAAAAAAAACAGUGAUUUUAUUUGCUGGUGAAGUGCUGAAAUUAUGUGUGUAAAUUCAGUCUUAUUUAAUGAGUACUGAUAAAUGUGAUUUUUAUAUGUGAUGUGAAGUCUUUUUGACUUAUCAAGCAUUAGUUACUCACAUGGCAGAAAAUGUGGUUAAAAAUAGAUUGUGAACACAUAAAACUAAGAUUGAUCAUCGUAUUCAUUGCCAUAUUUAUAAGGCAAUAAGUCAAUCUACAUGAAUUGCAGUUUAAGAGAAUUAACACCAAAUGUAAUUUCAUUGUCCUGUACAAAGCCCAGCUUCUGACUUUUGAGUAAUAUAGGUUGUUGUGAUGUUAGCAUUCUCACAUCGGUCAAUUAAGGUGAUAUGACAGCAGGAAAUUAUUUAUUGUUUGAAAUAACAAGAUGUAAACCAUGUACAAUAUACUUGUCUUCUCAGCAGUGCUUGUGAUAACUGUAUGUAAUAUAUUUCAUCUUUAAAAGCCUUAGAAUCUAUUUUCAUGUGUAUUUUAUCUUGUCCCAAUUAUUAUUGAUGCAGUGAAUUCAUUUUUUUCAAACGUAUUUGUUGAAAUUUUAAAGUCUGUAUUAUAAACACAUUUCUCACAUAAAUAAAUUUUUGCUUGUGAAGAAAUAUAAAAAUCAAAUUUUAACAUCUUAAUUUUUUUCUCAUUGUUCUAUUUCCUCUUGAUUUUGAAUGAAUAAUUUUGAAGUGUAAAAUGUAAAUCCAUGUCCAUUAUAUUUAAUAUGUUGAAUUGUUUCCACCUUACGGUAAUGAUAUGAUUUGUAAUCAGAGUUUGCUGUCCUCUGCUUUAAAAGCAAAAAUAUUCAGUAUAUGUUUAUAGAGUUAAAUCCGUUUUAAGAAAGAGAAUGAGGUAUAGUAGCUGUCGGAGAGUUAGAGAAUUAUUUAUAAGAGUGGUCUGUACACAGAUUUGACGAGUUAUCACAUGUAGUACUCCGUAUUUUUACUAUCAAUCAAACUAAUUCAUACUGAUGUUGUCCAUGUUGAUCACAGCCGACUAGAAAGCUCCAUAUCAUCUCUUAAUUCUGUAAGGCAGCUCCAGGACUGUGCAUCUUAAACUGUUUCUUGCUUCAACUCAAAUUAGGGCUCAGAUCUACUUUAAUAUGCAAGGGAUAAUGUACUUAUCAUUACUUCAUGUAUUCUUGAUUUCUAAAAAUCAGUUAGUAAAAAGAAAUAGAGGAUCUUUACAGGAAUAUCAAUAAAGUACGGGAUUUAUUGAUAAUUUGCAUAGACACAAGUUUAAGAUUCCGAGACCCGAUAUUAGGCCAAUAGUAUGCUGGAAUGAAGGACUAGAAUAUUUAUUGGCAUAAAUAAACCUAGCUUACACUGAUAUUUGAAUAAAGUGGUAAUCAGCACAGUAUCUGCAGAACUGACCGAGAUCAACUUCGAAGUUGCUGUAGAGCCAGGUGAGAAAUACAGGCCCAUUGGGCCUCUUGUUAGUUGAAAGUCAAUUUUUUUCACAAUCUGAACAAUAGUGCGACGUCCUGAAGAUAUUGUUUAUUUUUGACGUCAUAAUAGUGAUAUGACACAUCUUUCAAUAAUUAUGAUCUUGCAGAAUAUGCCAGUUACGUGUAGUAGUAGUUUGAGCAGGUAACUUGAGUUGAGCAUGAUAGCAUUAUUAUGAAUUGUGCUUGAGUUUCAGAAUUAAGUAUUUUUUCCUCAGGACCAUUUUACCCAAAUAAAUUAUCCAAUAAAUUAUAACAACAAGAA